AUGUCUUUCUGUGGGACCCAAGAUAAAUGCAAGGCUUGCGAUAAGACGGUGCACUUCAUCGACUUGCUGACCGCCGAUGGAGUACCGUAUCACAAGACUUGUUUCAAAUGUAGCCAUUGCAAGGGAAAUCUAACUAUGUACAAUUACUCAUCAAUGGAUGGUGUGCUUUACUGCAAGCCUCACUUUGAGCAGCUCUUCAAGGAGACCGGCAAUUUCAGUAAAAAUUUUCAAUCUGGAAAAUCCGGUGACAAGAGCAAUGAAUUGACAAGGACACCAAGCAAACUGUCGUCGAUGUUCAGCGGGACACAAGACAAAUGCGCUGUCUGCAACAAAACCGCUUAUCCAUUGGAGAAGGCAUUUAGUAUUAUACAGUUAACUAUGGAGGGAGAAUCUUAUCAUAAAACAUGCUUCAAGUGUGCUCAUGGAGGUUGCAAGCUUACAACAUCAAACUAUGCUGCAUUAGAUGGAGUACUCUAUUGCAAGCACCAUUUCGCUCAACUGUUUAAGGAGAAGGGUAGCUACAAUCACCUCAACAAGACUGCCUCAAUGAAAAAGAACGCGGAAUUGGCUUCGGGACAGGAGCCGGAGACGAGAACCGACACUACUGAGCAGCAAUCCACACAGAAUGAAUCAUAAGACAU